ACCAGCGGUCGAAUCUCUUUUAAUUUAAAACCGGAACAAACAAAAGCAACUAAAGCAGAGCAGCUGGUCGGUGUUUUGGUUGUAGUGAUAUUGAGCAAUACUGUCACACGGGGAACACUGUGUGCAAAACGGGACAAUUAACACGGACGAGCGGACUUCAGCUCCUCUUUUCAGCCACUUGAAAAAAGAAAUAAAGCUGAAGAUGAUAGCGCGACAUUAGCUAGAUCCAUCAGGACUUUAUGUUCUCAUUUUAUUUUAAAAACUGUCUCUUUUAUUGAGUUAACCCCCGAGGUUUUAUUCAGUGUUUUAUAGUUAUUUUUUGAGUUGUGAUGAAGUGCUCACAUUCUGCUUUGAGGAGGAGGAGUAGGGGGAGCAGCGGGGCGGUCGGGCUCUUGUAUCCGCUGCUCGGUGCGUGUCUCUGGGCUGCGGUGGUUGGGUACAAGCCGGUGAUCAUCGUGCACGGUUUGUUCGACAGCUCGGGGGAUUUUAUUAACUUACAGCGCUUCAUUAACGAGUCUCAUCCUGGAACAAAUGUGACUGUCAUCGACUUGUUUGACAGGAGUGCCAGUCUGCAGCCCCUGUGGAAGCAGGUGGAGGGCUUCAAGGCAGCUAUCUACCCAAUAAUGCAAAACGCAGCAGACGGGGUCCACUUCAUCUGCUACUCACAAGGUGGGCUGGUCUGCAGAGGAAUCCUCUCCACUCUGUCCGACCACAACGUCCAGUCCUUCAUCUCUCUGUCCUCGCCUCAGGCCGGGCAGUACGGAGACACAGACUACUUGAGGUACCUCUUCCCACAGUUUGUAAAGUCCAACCUCUACCACCUCUGCUACACUGCGAUAGGUCAGAGGAUAUCCAUCUGCAACUACUGGAACGACCCCCACCACAGAGACAUGUACGUGAACAGCAGUGAUUAUUUGGCUCUGCUCAACAGUGAGAGACCCAAUCCAAACGCUACAGAGUGGAAGAAGAACUUCCUGAAAAUCAAGAAGCUGGUGCUGAUUGGAGGACCGGAUGAUGGAGUCAUCACUCCCUGGCAGUCGAGUCAGUUUGGAUUUUAUGAUGACAACGAGACUGUUGUAGAGAUGCAACACCAAGACUUGUACUUACGAGACGUUUUCGGUCUGAAGACGUUGGGGGCUCGUGGAGAUCUGAUCGUCUGUACUGUUCCGGGAGUCGAACACGUGUUCUGGCACUCGAAUGAGACCGUGUUCCACCUGUGCAUGGAGAAGUGGCUGGAGUGAAAUUCUUAUACAGCACACACACACACACACACACACACACACACACACACACACACACACACACACACACACACACACACACACACACACAGAAACAUAACAUGGGGUUUUAUAAGCUUAUAACUUCAAAAGUUUGUAGAACUCUGCCUUUAAAAAUAUGAUCCCAGUUCUUUGGAUCACAGUUUUGAGAAAUCACUUGGUAAACAGUGUUACCAGUGUUUUUUUUAUUUAUUUACCAUGUGUUGGUGAGGUUUGUGUGUUUGUUGAUAACACAUCAUGGCACAUACUCUGUUACUUUAAGGGAAUCUUACUUUUUAGAGCUUUUAAUCUUUUUUCUGGAGAGUUGGAGAAGAAGUUAGACACUACACUUAUCUCUGUAAGGUGUAAAUAAAGGUCUGAAGCAAACAGACAGUUAGCUUAGCUUAGUAUAAAGACUGAGGGAAACUUUUGGCCCGCCUCUGUCUGAUAGUUACAAAACACACCUACCAGCACCACUGACAUACAAGGGCAGUCUUUAGUGUUCUUGUAUGAAGAGCUAAGUUUAAGAAAGUGUGUUUUUAUACAGGAGCCUGGUUUAUUACUUGCCCAGAUGACGUUACUUCCUCAAGUAUUUUUGCACAUUUAGGUUGCAAGGCAACAAGCUGAGACUUUAGGUAAGGAGUUCUCCUCGCCUUGUAGAAAACUGUAACACCACAGUGAGUCCUCUUUUAGGAUUUAACAGGUUCACUUCAGAGCUUCUGGUGUUUCAAAGUUUUUUUUUCGAGGCAGCUAGGCUACCUGUUUCUCUGUCACCCGUUUUUAUACUAAGCUAGGCUAACUGGCUGCUUGUACCAACUUCCUAUUCCUGUUCCUGGAUGAGAGAGAGCCUUCUCUCCUCUUAUCUAACUGUAGGCUUAAAAAGAUAAUCAGCAUAGUUUCUAAACAGUGCUAUAAAUGUCCAAAUGUCAAACUUUAUUUGAAUGGUUUUGCUUCAGUUGAACAAAUCCAGCAGUCAUUUUACCAGAAGAUAAGCACAAGGCACAAACUAGAGGACGCAUCAGAUAAAAAAGGUUCUCAUUAACCAGGUAACGUCUUGAUUUUAUUUUUAUAGCCAGCAACAGAACAUUUGGACAGCACUCCUGCAAUUAAUUAUUGCCUUUUUAAUUAAGUAAAGGGAAAUUUAAAGGGAAAAAAGUCGAUGUAGCCAGUAGGGAGCGGCUAAAACAUCCUGACUUUUAAUCCCAAAUUGGAGUCACUUUUAUCAAAUCAGCCUUUUUGUUAAAAAUUCAAAGUUUCAGACCUAAACUGUGGUUGUCACAGACUAAAGAGUCUCGGGUGUCUGCUUUUCAAGCGUAAAAAUUGGUAGCACGCCCCUUUACAGUUUAUGAAAAGGCUAUUCUUUAUAACUCAAUAUUACACAAAUACAUAUUUAUAGUAUAUAUCCAUGUGUGUGUGUGGUUCUGUGUGUGUUUGGACACACAUACCUCAACACAUCACACACAAAUCAGUGCCUGAGCGACGUUCUGUCCUCCUCUCUACAUGUACGGACUCACUGCCCUGCUCAUCUGAUGAUGCAGUAAUUUAUAUCUUUUUAAUCCUUCCAUUUCAACCCAGGAGAGAAUGUUCUCCUUGAUGUUUUUCUUUUUGUACAUAUGAUCAUGAAUAUUAUAUUUCAUAUCAUCAUCAUGCAGUGCUUUUGAGCUUUUGUAGUUUAAGCCUUAAAUUGUCCCGACAUGCCUCAGUGUUUCAUGCUCCAUACCGAAGUGCUAAAACACACUGCCUUUAGUGACGGUGCUCGAAUGAAUGGAAGGAGAGGUGGAGGGUGAGACCAGAGAGAGGCAGUGGUAUAUUAGUGUUUACUUAUCCACCAAACUAUUGUACAUGGCCGUCUUUACCUCCCAUCUCAUUUAGAUAUCUCAGGCAUUUUAGCAACUGUCUCGUUUGUUAGUCUCUUUCAGAAAAAGGGAAUCAUUUGUCUUUGUUGUUUGCAAUUUAUUGGAUGUUUAUGGAUGCCUGCUGUACUAAUAUAGAUAUAGAUGUUUCUCCAAAAAAUGGAAUUGAAAUAUCUACUGUGUGAUAUAAAAAGAAGUGAAUCGCUGUUUUAGAAAGAAAAGUUUGCAUUGCACAAUAUUGACCCAGACUAAGAGAAGGGAGAAGAUGAACAUGGGUUGAUUUUAACUGUUUUUAAAGUUGUACAAAAUUUCAGUAUUAUUUGAAUGUUGUUGCAUCCUUUUGUUCAAUGUUUGCUCGUAGAAAUCAAUUACAAAAAAAAAGCAGAUUUAAGGGAAGUCCUCUCUAUUCAGUUUUAUUGCUUUAUAAACAGUAAAUUUGGAUACAGAGGUUUUUUUUACAGACCAAACAGAAGCAACUAUUUUGACACUGUCCUUGAAUUUCUACAGUACAUGGUCUCCAAAUGAAAAUGUGUCAAAUGUUGUCAAUUCCUCAAUAAAAGACCAUUUUGAAAAACCUUU